CCUUGUCAGCCAGCCGGGGGCUGAGGUGUCCCCCAGGACUGGUGUCCCUGUCCCCGCCUCAUCCAAAGCCUUCCCCGUCGCUUGUGUCACCCGGGGAGCAGCGAAAUCCUUCUGGCAUCCAGCAAAGCAGCUCCUUUAAACACCCUUUUAACUCAGCUUGAGCCCACUAUACCUCCUUUAUCCCGUCUUGCCCCUUAGCACAAUCUGUUACUUUAAAAAAAGGAGGAAACACCCUUAAAAUCUGCGGCUAGAAAGGAAAUUACAAAUACUCGUGAGGGCACUGAGUACGAAGUAAAAAUGACAUGGAAACAUACCAGGUACUAAAAGCAUAAGAGGUAAACAUAAGAUAGAAAAAGGGUUUGGUUUGUGUGCUGAGAGAACUUGCGAUGGGAGCCUGAAGCGCUGCGGUUUAGCUGGGCUGUGUUUGUUUCCAUAGGUCACGGCUGCUCUUUGAAUUACAUCCUGCCCGCCGCGUUCCCCCGGGCUGAGGGGUUACCGGGGCGACACGGUGUAAACUCAGCAGCCGCAGUGCCAGCCCAGGGAAUGGCUCCUGCCUGCUCCGCACUCAGGGAAACAGCCCAAAAUAAAACCAAACUCUGGGCCAUUGCUGAAGAAUUCCUCGCUGGCCGGCGAAGGAAGGCAGCUGCGAGCUGAAAAUGCUCUCGAAUUUCCCUUUGGGUUGCUGUGCCUCUUUCACUUUUCGCUGCUGAAGAACCAGGUUUCUGGGCAUGCAUACAUUUAAGGACAGUAUGUCUGACAACAAACAAAAUAAGAGGAGAAGCAAAAAAGGUUGUGGAAGUGUUGUUGCUUUUCAGAAUGCAGACAAUAUAAUGGAAGAAAUGCAUCAGUCAGACAAAGCUCUAGGAAAAACCAGCCAAACUGCACCAACUUCCAGAGUAUGGCCAGACCAACAAGUGGAAUGUUUUCCAAGUAAAAAUCAGACAACAUUACCCAGGAGACAUCACACUUCUUUAUCUUUCUCCUCAAAGAAAGAGGAUGUGGGAUGUGGCUUUGACUUCAGCUUUCUGCUACAGACCUCAUGCCCAGAAUCUAAAAUUUCAACAGCAUUUAUGGAUUUAGAUACUUUCCAGAUAAUAAAAGCACAAAUGCAACAAAGGUUAACUGUUACAAUGCUAAAAACCAGGAACAAGAAAUAUGAGUUUCAUUUGCCACCAGUGACAUGUCAAUCUCUAAGAACAAUUCAUCUUGCUCCUCUAAAGGAUGAUAUUUUCAAUGAAAGCAGAAACAUAAAAAAUAUUUUAACUAUUAUGAACUUUAUUCCUCAGCCUAUAAAACCAGUUACCAAAUUUUAUCAGUAUCAGUUAGACAACUUAUUAAACAGGCACAGUGAAAAGUCAUCAGAAUUGAUCAUGGCCACAAUUUCUGAUAAGUUCACUCCAGUGAAGGACCUGUACUACUUCAGCAUUAAUAACUGUGACAAGUACCUCAACCACAAGAAGGAAGAAAUCCACAGCCAUUUCAAAUGGAGGGAGGCUGAUGUAGGAAUCCACAGUGGGAAGAAGAACCAGGUGAGAUUCCCGUGCUCAGUGGUUUGUGAGAAGAUCAAUCUUGUGAGCCAAGCCAGGUUCUGGGGUCAGAGUCAUCCCCACCUGAGCUCAGGCAGUGCUCUGGUGAACUGUGGCAUUUUUACAGCCCAGGCAGCAUUUACAGUGUCCAGCAACAGCAAUGCCUCCAGAGCUGGCAAGAAGCAAAGCAGAGCAGAGAAUUGCUGUAGCACUGGUCUGGAAGAAGGAAAUGCUACAGAGAUGAUGCUGGAUUAUGAAGCACAGGAAGAUGCUGAGAGUGCCAAUCAGGAUUUAGAUUCUUCCUGUAAAAAUGAAGUGAUAGAGGCCUACCAAGCCUUGGAAGAUAAUUCUGUAGUUGCACUAAUUCCCUUGAGAGUAGAAGCUCAAGAUCCCUCUGGAAAACAGUCAGAAAAUCAAGUCUGUCUCUCUGAACCUGAAAUACAAAAAGAAGCAACAUCAGCAGCAACUUCAGAGGACCAGAGUGAGCUUGUAGCUGUUGCUCAUGCUAUGCUCUCUGAGCAAGAGCCAGCCAGGGAGCCACACACUGCUGAAACACCUGCCACAAAAAAGGGUGGUGUCUGUACCCUGCCUCCUCAUGUUCCUCAGAGCCUCAAUGUUCUUGCUCACAAAGAAAAUGACAAAAAUAAACUAAAGAUGAAUAGAAAUAAAUAUUCAUUGAAAUCUAAAAUUAAUAAUAAGAUAAAAGUGUCUGAAGACCUAAUUGCUUCUGAAGAGGUUACCACAAAAUCAAAUGCCAAGAGUCAGAUUUUCCCAUCUCUGGAACUGACAAAAGUGAAAUCUGAGGCUUCCAUGAAGUGUCAGAAAAAAACCACUCAAGGACACAAAGGCCACGCUGCUCAGAGUGCUCAGAAAAUUAAAAAGCAAAGUUGCUCCUGCAGUUGCAAAAAUUCAGCUGUCUGUAAGAAACAUGUUACUCCACUUUGUCUGCCACGUGCACCCUCUGCUUCAGAUUUUGUAGAUCUGAAGUACACUGACAUGUUCAAGAUAAUAAAUUCAGAUGACCAAGGGCCAGGUAUUUAUGAGAUGUUUGGAACUCCAGUGUAUUCCCGCAUGAGAGACCUCGAUCAGCACGAGGACAGGUUUUACAGAGGUGGUUGUUCUGUUCCACCAGCAAGAUGCACCUGCAGAUCUGCCUGCAGUAAAGGGGGAGAAAGCAGCAGAGUCAGAAACACUCAAAAGAAAACACAUUCCAAGCCAAAGAAGAUCACACCUGGUGCUAAACAAAAGCAGAAAGGUUUGAUCACAAAGGACAGAAGGACCAAGCCGAGUGACAGCAACACAGAGCAAAAUAAUGCAACAGCUUCUGACUUGGGUUUUCAAACACACACCUUGAGUGGCACAACGUUGUUCCAUGGAGACAUGGAUCAUCAGCUCACAUUUUUAGAAGAGCUUUCACAGUCAAGUAAGCAAAAUGAAAUGUUUACAAAUUCAAACCUCUCAACUAUUAAAGAAGUUUCUUUGGAGCAGUUGUUAGACAGCCAGGAUGAAUCCAGCCAUCAGAGAGCUGCUGCCUGCAGCCAGGAUCUCCUUCAGCUCAGUGGUCGAGGCUGCAGAGAAUGUGUUGCUCCAAGUGACAGUCUGGUAACAGCAGAGCAGGACAUCUGUGUGCCCCAGGGCAGGGGGGACAGGGAUGGUGGCAAAGGCUGGGAAUCACACCAGGACUCCAAGCCUGUCAAUAAAUGUGAGUUGUCCUUUUCAGAUAGACUGGAAUGUCAGUCCCCUACAAAAAUAUUAGAUCACAGUUGUGCAAACACACCUCAGAACAGUGGUUUGGCAAAUGAAUUGACUCAGGCUUCAGUGAUUUGGACAGAAAAUGCCAAAAGCCCCAGUCCCCAGACAAGUCAAAACAUUUCUUCUUGGUCAGAUGCUGAGGAUGUGACUGAUGAGUUGCUUUGUUGUCUGGCCAAAGAGUUGCUAAUGCUUGAAGAAAAAGACACCAACUCUUCAAGAACAAAAAAUACAUGUUCUAAAAUACGAAACACACAGAGUGAAGAAGAGGAGAAUAUGAUGAAUGGAGCUGGAGCAAUAAUAAAUAGUGCUCUAGAGAAGCAGAGUUACAGUAAAGCCUUUUUGGCUUCAAAUGAAGAAAAGGGCCUUCUAAACUUUGAUGAAUCUACUAAAUUACCAAGAAGCAGUUUAGCUUCCAAAGAUCCUAUCAUGUGGACAAGAGGAGAAGUCCUUGGAAGGGGAGCCUAUGGCACGGUGUACUGUGGUCUGACAAGCCAGGGACAGUUAAUAGCUGUAAAACAGGUGGCUUUGGACACAUCAGAUCAACUCACUACAGAAAAGGAGUAUCAGAAGUUCCACGAGGAAGUUGAUCUUUUGAAGACAUUGAAACAUGUAAAUAUUGUAACUUAUUUAGGAACUUGCCUGGAAGACAACAUUUUAAGCAUAUUCAUGGAGUUUGUUCCCGGUGGCUCCAUCUCCAGUAUUCUGAAUCGCUUCGGGCCCUUGCCAGAAGUUGUCCUGUGUAAAUACACCAAGCAAAUUCUACAAGGGGUUGCAUAUUUACACGCCAACUGCGUGGUGCACAGAGACAUCAAAGGCAACAACGUGAUGCUCAUGCCCACGGGGGUGAUCAAGCUGAUCGACUUUGGCUGUGCCAGGCGCCUGGCCUGGGCCAGCCUGGGCGGCACGCGGGGCGAGCUGCUGCGCUCCGUGCACGGCACUCCCUACUGGAUGGCUCCAGAGGUCAUCAGCGACUCCGGCUACGGCAGGAAGUCUGACAUCUGGAGCGUGGGCUGCACCGUGUUCGAGAUGGCCACAGGCAAGCCCCCUCUGGCUUCCAUGGACAGGGUGGCGGCCAUGUUCUACAUCGGGGCCCACCGCGGGCUGAUGCCGGCCCUGCCCGCUCGCUUCUCCAGCGCGGCCGCCGAGUUCGUGCACGCCUGCCUGACCAGAGAUCAACACAAACGGCCUUCUGCUCUGCAGUUGCUGGACCAUCCCUUUGUGAAAGGAGGACAGUGAAUUUUUCCAAACUCUUGCCAAAUGAGCAUGUAUUUUCCAUGGAAAAGAUUUUCCCUUGUGGAAAAAAGACCAGAAGGAACUGGAUUUUAAUAUGACAGCAGAAAUACUGGAGAGCAGUCGUGUUUAAGGAGCCUGUUACUGGGCAGCAGUGAUUAAAGAGUACCUGUUCUGCAGUGCCUUCCUUCCCUGUGAACACAAGGCCACGUUGUGUUGUAUUUGGACAGACUUAAAAGGAAAAUAAAGUCACCAUCACUGGCAUGCAACAGGCCAGGUAAGCUGGAAUGUCUGUAAAAUCCUAUGGAACAAGGUAUGGGCAGAGAGCUCUGCAACUUGGAGAUGAGUAAUGAGUGUGAGGAACCUCAGGUCAUCUACUGGCAUAAAAUGUACUGAGGCUUUUAUUCAGUCAGGUCACCCUUUUGUUUUACUGGAUGGGCACUUCAGUUUUUAGCUGGUGAAUGAGUUUUUUAGGUGCAUAGAUCAGCCCUGUGUUCCUGAGGCCCUGAAACUCCACAGGAUACUUUGUAAGAGAUAAUGAUGUAAGCCAUGGGACUGCCUGUUUUAAAUAAAUAGUGCAUUUUAUGGCACUUUGAGGUCCCAGAAGGCUGAGGUUGGAAGGGGCUCUGGAGAUGUUCUGGUCAGCCCCAGUGCUCAGAGCAGGGCUGGCUGCAGCAGGUUGCUCAGCCCUUGGCCCAUUGGUUUGAAUAUGGAUGGAGACUCCCCAGCCACCCCAGGCAGCAUGCUCCAGGCUUUAACCCCCUCAUGGUAAAAGGGAUUUUAUGGUUGAAGACUGUCUUAUAAGUCAAGUUGUCCUGUUGUCCCUUGUUCUGUCACUGCUAGAGCCUGGCUGUGUCUUCCUUUACUCUCUGAAAACCUGAAGUGUUUCUCUGACCACUGCAGUGGGCACUGCCUGUGACUGGGUGACAGAACAGAGCCCCUCUGCACUCCAGGGGUCUGUACACUUGGUAGAACUAACUACUACUAACUGCACAAAAUUAAAUAAAAUCUAAAAAGGAUUGUUAAUUAUUAAUAAAGCAAAAAAGCAGGUGUUAGUAUUUAGAAUGUCCUUUUGUUGAUAAAGCUUCUUCCUAUCAAGAUGUGGUAAAUCUUUAGCCUUUGUCAGCAGCUGGGCUCCAGGAAGAGAGGCAGGAAAACUCAGCCCUACAACUGUUCAGAGCUGAGCUCUCAAGAAUCCAGGACACUGACCUCAGUGUCAGCUCUGAUGUAAUGUGAACAUUAUAAAAGCAACUUUCCUCAGAGUGCUAAACACAUCUUAGUUACUUAAACUGCUUUCAAACUUUAUUUUAUCCCAGUAGUCAGUCUCCUGACUUCAGAAAGUUGAGUCUAAACUUCAUAAAAGCAAAGAGAAAUCAGUACUUCUAGCAAAAUUCUUUAUUAAUAGUUUCUGUAGGUAUAAUGUCACAUAACAAUGACAGAACAUUAUGCCAGUAUAAGAGAAAUCCUAACAUCACAGUAAUCUUCAAAGUUCAAGCAGUUAACAGUCCUUUUUUGAGGAAUAUUGAUUGGUGCUCAUGCCAGACAUCCAUGGCAACAUCAUGUUAAAGUAUCUUCACGUUAAGGUACCUUGCAGAAUAAAGGCAGGAGCCUGGGCAUGUGAGCUCUAGUGGGAUGUACAUAAUUCCAUCAUGUGUACUAAUUCUUCUCAGAUUAAGGUAGAGUCUUCAACAAAGCUGCAAAGUAAAUAUGAGGGUUUAUUUAGCAUGAAAUGAAACUGAGAUGAGAGUCAUAAGCAAGGAAAGAAUGGGAAUGCUCUAGAAUAUAUAAUUAAUUUAAAAAGGUCAGCAUUACAAACCCCCCUUCUUAUGCACAGCUUACAAGCAAAACUAACAUCUCUUGUUGGAGUUCUCCAAUAUUAAGGUUACCAGUUAUUUGCAAUCUGUCAUGUUUAAUCCAGUCAAUUACACUGAAAAUAAUCAUUAGAGGUUUGUAAAACUUGAACCUGAGGUUUUAAUCAAAAUGUAAAAGCACAUUUUUGCUUAACCAGACUUCAAGAAUGAGGUGUCAGUUUAAGGCCAGCACUUGCAAGAAAGGUAUUUCAGUUUAAUCAGAGCUGUGCUCGCAGCAGAGCUCAGGGCCCAGCACAGCUAAGCCAAGCCCUGUGUUCAUCUGGGGAGCCCUGGGUCACUUGGCUGAGCCAGUCUGGUGGAGCAGCCUACAAACAAGUCUAAUUUUGCAUAUUUCUUACUUGAGGAGAUCAGAGAUUUCCGCACCAAAAUCCAGGUGCCUAAUUCCAGGUAUCCAUUGUAACAAGGGGAAAGGGUGUGAAAUCUUGAAAACUGCUUGUUUUUUUCAUGAGACUGAACUACUCAGUGAGCAGGGUCACAAUUUGCUUCAUUAUUUAUAGCAGAGCAGGGCAAGCUUUGCUGGUUUAAAGGCUACACCUUCCUUUCUGACACCAGUAAGGAGCCAUUGCAGUGCACGCAGCCUGCCAGGCUGUGGCUGCGGCUUUCCCCAGGAUUUGGAGCCCAACUCCCGCAGCUGAGGGCACAGCCCUGUCCCGUGUGAGGGCAGGGGCAGCCGGGCUUUCUCUCCCCGCAGCGGGACCGGGGCUGUCGCCUCAGCAGGGCGGGGCCAGGGGCAGGCCGGCCCCGCUGUUACACUGCUCUGGAACUACCACCAGCAGUGGGAGGUAAAGAUUUGCAUCUAAAAAUGCACACAUCUGCCUCUCUUUCCAAGGAAGCAGAGCCUGGUCCCCGAAAACUCUAGAGUCUCUUGAGAUUAUUUGGGUUCAAAUUUAGUGCUGUUCCAGAAAGCUCCGCAGGAACCCAUGCAAUUCCUACAGCACUGCUAUCAAAGCUCUGGCUCUUGCUCACAGCAAAGAACCAGAGUUCUCCCAAGGAAGGGCCCCAGGACACACUCCAGUGCCUUCCCCUCCUAUGGCUCCCUUCCCACAGGGACUGCACCACGGGACAGCUAAGGAAUUUUAGAGGUUUCUCAGAAAACACAAUGUCUGAACUAUGGCAACAUCAGUGUUGCUGUUACAAGUGCAGGAGUAUAGGGGAGUCAAACCCCCACACUGAGUUUCAAGGUUAUCGAUUUAGUUUGGAUUUAGGUUGGAGAUCCACUUCAGAAGCCAGAGAAAGUCACUCCCAGUAGCAAUGGGAGAGAAGACUCCUGGCACAAUUAUCUCUUUAAGGUGUAAGGAGUUAAGCCUUUCAGAGAAAGGAGGAAUUAACUAGCUACUUCAGUCUGACAUAACUUCCAAAGCUCAAGACAUAAAUUUUUAGAACUGAUUAUGUGCAUUUACAUCAAAUUAAAGAAAGCAAACAAAGUCCACUUUCCCUGCAAAACAAGGACUGGGAACCCUUCCUUGUAAGGUCUAAGAGCAUGGUGUAGCACUGUCACCCGCCCCCUCACUGCUAAAAAGAGAAAUAAGACUGAAAACCCCUCCACUGUUACUACCAUGCACAGGCUCUGCCCCCAAGGUACAGAGAAGGAGCAGUUUAAGGUAGUACAAAAUGUCUGGAAUUUGAUUUUCAGGUACCAAAUAGCUGAUCAAUGUAAUGGAAAUAAAGGAAACAAGUAAGACUUCAGACUUUCCAGCUUUCCAUUAUUUGAGUAAUUUGAUGGAAACUAGCAAUGCUUUGCCAGUAACUGAAAGGGGAUCUUAGUGUUUACUAAUGAAGUUGGAAAAAUUAAACAUAGGAAAAUGGGAUCAUUUCUGCACAGUAGAGGUGAGGUAGGGAAUUUUAUUGAAAAUACUUUUUUUUUUUACAAGUUCUUAGAAAUAAACUUUUCUAAUCUCACACAAACAGCUGUACCUCAAAAAUUCAACUAAGCUAUUAUGAAACAUUUAUAUUUACAGUUAGCCAAAAGAAUAUACAGAACUGCCAUGUUAUGCAAAUAGCCAAGUACCAGCUCACAGUGAGAUACAUCACCCCAGCAUUCCCACCAUCAGGAAUAUUCACAUACCAAAGAAUCUCACUAUUCUACAAACCUCAUUGCACAAAGAGGGAAGAUUUUUAAUAGUGUUGUAGCAAGGUCUCCACUACAGCAUCAUUUUACAAAUUACAUAAUUCAUGUACUCAAAUUUUUAACAAAAAAUCUGCAAUAAGUGAUGAACAAAGUAAUAGUGUUGACUAUGAGCCUUUUAUUGCAUUUAUUCAGUCAUUCACGUGAGGCCGAUGCCGAUCCCAAUCGUUUGCAUUCAUUUCCAACACCUCAGCCAGGCUGCAAUUCACACCAUUCACUAAUUUCCAGUGGCUUUCAGUCAGCAAGAACUAGUGGCACCUGACUGCAUCCCCUCUCCCUCCCUCUCAGUCCUAGGAUCACCACAUGGAAUUCCGACACAAACACACAGACACUUUUACCUAUUUACAAUUACAUUGAAAGCCAAACCCCAUGAGGUUUAUGGACAUCCUUUACAGAGAAACCAAAACCCACUGUUUGGAUCUCAAUGUAACACAGCAACAUUUUGUCCACCACAUUUCACAACUUCCCAGAAUCAAAACAGGUAAUAGUUUUUUGUAACAGCACCAUAGGAGGAAGGCCUAUG